CUUUUUUCGAUGGACAUACAUUAACUCCUUCCCCAACCAGACCAAACCAAGUCCAGUCAAUUUAGGUUGCCCUGCCUUGGCUGCCGAUGAGGCGCUCCUGAAUCCUGCGAAGGUUCUGACCAUUGAUCAAGCUUGAGCACAGGCGGCUUGGUCGCGUUUGUUCUCAUCAAAAGCAUACAUGUCAUCCGAACCCCUCGCCAUUUACGCAAGCGACAUAUUCGAACCUUUUCGAACCCCCUGUUUGUCGUCAAUCAGUCAAAACCAUGUAGACAAGGGUGGUCCAACAGUCUACAGAAGAUCAGCAGCCUGGGGCAAUGUUUUGAAGAAAUCGACAGGCACUGCACAUGGAGUUCAGAGCCACUUGUGUAGGACUGGAGCCCAGGCAUCUGGAGGGCACAGCAAUCGCCAAGGAAAGCGCCAUUAUGCUUUCUUAUUCAUUCUACCUGUUUGCUUCCAUGGGCAAUCCGGCCUCUUCCGAAGAUGAGCAGGAAUCCUAUCGUUCCAUUCAACCUCACUCAUAUCCACCACAUUUAUUCAGGCUACGAUAAUCUUAGCAUCAUUGACCACCCCGUUCCGACGAGAACCUUUGGGUAUCCUCACACAUGACUCUAACCAACAGGAAUGACAGGCAUAUAUUGGCCUAGGCUGCCCAUGCUAAAUCCAAGCCUGCUGUCGUGUCAGCUCGGCUACCUGCCCCUCGAGUUCCCGUGCGCCCGUUUGGACGGGUCGCAUGUCGAGUCGUGAGAUUGGCGUCCACCAACCAACGCCACCUUCGCUCCAACCUUGCCCGCCCAUCGCUCCUGUCUGGCUGUUCUGAUCUACUAGUGUAGUCUCCUUGAGUCCUCCCCCCAGGUAUCUCCUCAAUCCAGGCCCGUCGGGUCGCACAGAACACGAGGGAAGUGAAAGAAAAGGAACAGACUCGCACGCACGUUUGGCUCCCACACAACUGGAAUCCACCCCUCAAUCUACAUCUUAUUCAAGGCUUGUCCUGAGUCGCGCUUGGUAACUGCCGAUAGGUGUUUUGUUUGCUCUUUAGUUACUCAAAAGUCUCCCUCAGCUCGCCCUGGUCUUGUUAGGCUGUCAGCUAGCUAGCUCAUGCCUGUCCACUUCCGUACAUUACUUUGCCAUCCCCUUGCUCCAUUGGUUAGCAUUCCUCAAUCUUUCCCUCCAUUUUCUUUUCUUUCCUUCCCGGUCCCCGUCACUUAAUACGGUUGUUGUUACGCACAACCACUCAACACCUCUUCAUGAUGCUGUCAAGUUGACCGUCAUGGAGCCAACAACAGUCGUCGGGGCAGUAUCGGCUCUCACCGAGCUCUUCGCCAACGGAGCAGAGCACUACGCGCGUUGGAAGAGGAACCGCGCCGUUGACAACCACUAUUGUCGAACAACAGAGUCUGGUGGCCAGAGGGAUAUCAUCAACUGUGCCUUGAGCACAUCUUUGGGUGCGUCCGGCCACCAAAUCAAGCAGACGUACGAUGUUGGAUUCGCCAUACUCGGAGCAGAGUUCUCCAUGGGCGAUGCACCAUGUCGGGAUAUGCUCUGCAACCAGUUGUUCAACCUCAACAGCCGAGUGUCACUACUGCGCCGGGCUUCCACCCAGUCCAAUUUGACUGGUCAUUUGAAUCUCUCAGACAUUAUACAUAUUUCCGAGUCCGUUAGGGUUGCUUCCGUAAGGGCCCUGGCAGAAUUGUAUCUUCGCGUCGCAGGCGGUCGCCCUAGUUUGCCCAGAUGUCUCCCUGUCCCCAAGCUUCGGCCGUGCCAAAACCGUUCAAUUUCACGAUACCCGGCCAGCCCGACAGACGGCGACAACGUUGACGGCGAUAACGAUGACGACGACAAGAUGACAACAGCCAUGACCAUCACCACGGACCAGGCACCAUUUCAAUCGGAACCUCCUUCGCCUCCUCCGACUCCGCCAACACCCAAACCCACCAGCAGCGACGCCGCUUCCCUCUUCGCGGCUUCCGAGGCUGGCGCCAGCAGCACCGGCACCUUUCCCCUCCGCCCAAAGGUCAGCGUAUUCAGCAUGUUCUGCCCUGAGGCCAUGACCUUCCAAGUCAACCUUUCUAAGAGCAUCCCGGAGACACCCAAGAGGUGCAAGUGUGGCUACCGAUGGAAGGCGCUGCUACCCGACAACAAGGACUUUGUCGUCCUUAAAGAAGGGUUUCGAAUGUCUAGCCGCUUUCUGGCCAAAUCGCACUCCGACAGGAAUAAGUUUGCCUGCUGUUUAUGUGUGCCGUCAGGCAAGACAGACAAGUACGAAUCGGCCGAAGCACUGCAAGCACACAUCAACCUUUCCCAUACCAAAUGGCAGAUGCUUCAUGAUCGGGACAUAUCCUAAGCUAUCCUCAAUAACGAUCUCAAGGCUAAAGCGGGAUCAUGCAUGGCAUAUCGACAUGGACGUGUUACGGCCCCCCUCCCCUUUUGGUGCAUGGCUUUUUUCUUUUUCCUGUCGCAACAAAAUAUUCAUCACUGUAUCUUCAAUCGGCGCAAAAGGAGGCACAUGUGAUCUAAACACGGAUGGAAUACUACGGUGGCCGCGGUCUGUACAUACAAGAUACCAUGCAGGACAAGAUAUGCUAUUUCUUAGAACCCAGCGGACCGUAUCAUUCCAGAUCGUUUUCAAUAAGUAAUUGUCAUCGAUUUCCCCC